CUCAGGACGAGGCUGGCACAUGGCAUCUCUGGGCACGUUGCUCUCGACGCGCCAACCCCGCCGGUCAGGGCACCGUUCUAAGCUCUGGUGCCGCGCGAGCACGCUGGGGACGAUCGAUAUGCGCACGAAGGCUAUCGAAGAAGGCCAGGGAGGCAUAUGGAGACUUGGGUUCCAGAACCGAGCAGCCGCGCCGUAUGCGCCCCAGUGCGCGUGCUAUCAUCCGGCCACCGAGGGCGACAUAAGGUUGUCGUCGAUCGCGGACGCCCCGACCUAAUUAUCUGCGCCCUGCAGCCCUCCCCGUCCUCCCCUCUUCAUCCGCUGUCGCGACGCCCUCGAGCUCGCUGUCCUCGCUAGCCCAGCUGCUCGUCCAGUUCCCUGUCCCGCCACCCGAAAGCUAAUCAGCCAUGCGUCUCAUCAUCCGCGACGACCCUGCCGCUGUCGGCGAGUACAUCGGGAACUACAUCGCCAAGCGCAUAAACGCGUUCAACCCGACGCCCGAGAAGCCGUUCGUCCUCGGCCUCCCGACGGGCUCGUCCCCCAUCCCGACGUACAAGCACCUCAUCGGGCUCGUCAAGGCGGGCAAGCUCUCGUUCAAGAACGUCGUGACGUUCAACAUGGACGAGUACGUCGGCCUCCCGGAGGACCACCCCGAGUCCUACCACACCUUCAUGUUCCGCGAAUUCUUCUCGCACAUCGACAUCCCGCCAUCCCAGGUGAACAUCCUGAACGGGAACGCAAAGGAUCUCAUCAAGGAGUGCAGGGAGUACGAGGAGAAGAUCAAGAAGCACGGCGGCAUCGAGCUCUUCCUCGGCGGCAUCGGCGAGGACGGGCACAUCGCGUUCAACGAGCCCGGCUCCUCCCUCGCCUCGCGCACGCGCAUCAAGACGCUCGCGUACGACACCAUCCUCGCCAACGCGCGCUUCUUCAACAACGACGUCGCCGCGGUCCCGCGCAUGGCGCUCACCGUCGGCGUCGCGACCGUGCUCGACUCGCGCGAGGUCGUCGUCGUCGUCACCGGCCAGCGCAAGGCCCUCGCGCUCUCCAAGGCCAUCGAGGAGGGCGUCAACCACCUCUGGACGCUCUCCGCGCUCCAGCUGCACCCCUGGGCGCUCAUCGUCGUCGACGAGGACGCCACCGCCGAGCUCCAUGUCAAGACCGUCAAGUACUUCAAGUCCAUCGAGCGCGUGCAGGACGAGGUUGAGGCUACCCACGCAGCGCUGGCGAAGCAGGGCGUCGACGAGCCCGUCGGCAGCAUGGAGUGAGUAUCUUCACUCUCGUAGAUAUCGUCGUUUACAGUAUAUACUGGGACUACAAGGGGCUAGGAAGAAGUGAGGAAGUCAGCCUGUAAUAUCCAAUGGACGUACCUAUCUCUUGGCGGACUGCAAUCGUCACCGCAUGUAACACAAACACGUUUGUCCGUCAAUAUCGCAUGCAGAGGCUACCGGUGCAUGAUAGUCGGACAGAAGACAAGAAUCAAGUGAAAAAGCAUGUCGUGUUGGUCAUACGCUGUACAUAGUUUUGCGUCAAUAAAAAGGCGUGAGGAUGGGCAUGUCAACAUGGACAUGG